AUGGCGAAUCCUAUCAACCAAAAUGUAUCCACUCCUAUCUUUAAUGGUGAAAAUUUUAAUUUUUGGUAUGUGAAAAUGAGAACUAUUUUUGUCUAUACGGAACUUUGGGAUCUUGUUAAGAAAGGGUUCGAGGAACCUGAAGAUGAAGUAGGUUUGACAAAUCCCCAAAAGAACCAAUUAAAAGAGCAAAGGAAGAAGGAUUCAAAGGCUCUCUCUUUUAUUCAACAAGGAGUUUCAGAAGCAAUCUUUCCAAGAAUUAUCAAUGCAACAAAAGCGAAGGAGGCAUGGGAUAUUCUUCAAAAAGAGUAUAGAGGCAACUUGAAGGUAAGAACCAUCAAACUUCAGUCAUUGAAAAGAGAUUUUGAAAAUUUAAAGAUGAAGGAUAUGGAAUUGUUGAAGGAUUAUUUUUAUAGGGUUAUGGAACUUAAAUACAACCCCAUUGUUGCUGUCAUUGAAGAAACUAAAGAUCUUGCUGAUUUGAGUAUUGAAGAAUUGAUGGGUUCAAUUAAAGCAUUUGAGCAAAGGUUGAGUAGGCAAUCUGAAAAGUCAAUUGAAAGUGCCUUUCAAUCCAAGCUCAAUGUUAGUACCUCUAAUUUCCAAGGAAGAGGAAGAGGAGGAGGAAGAAAUGCAACCGGAAGAGUAAGAAAUGCAAGAGGAAGAGGAAGGUCUAAUUUUCAAAGAAAGGAAAAUGAAGAGUCCACUCAACAAAAGUGUGGAAUUUGCAACCGAAGCAAUCAUGUUGAUAAAGAUUGUUGGUUUCGAGGAAAGCCAAAAUGUUACAAUUGCAACAAAUUUGAGCAUGUCAAGAAGGAUUGCCUAGUCAAGAGCACUCAACAAGCUAACUUUUCUGAGGAGUAA